ACUGGGAAACGCAGUUGAUGCAAGAUACUCGAGUACAUGCAGUAUCCUCACUGAAAGAGGAGAGUGAGUGUGGAGUGGCUCGCACAUCGUUUAAUUUUAGCUGCAGGUGAUGGGCAGGACUCGCAGGAGUGAGUCAGAGUGUGAGUUGACACCCGAACUGAGCCAUGGGAUUAGGCUGUUCUGAGGGUUACUUCUGGGACCGCCUGGUCAGGAAGUGUCUGACCUGUCAGAUGGUCUGCCAGCAGCCCCAUCGCCACCUCAGAUGCAUCGAGUACUGUGUGUCUCUGGGGUGUAAGGCGGUCCCAGGGCAGUACUAUGACAGGCUGUUGAAGAUGUGUCUGAGGUGUGCUGCGGUGUGUGGCAGCCAUCCCUCAGAGUGUUCCCACCAGUGUCAGAACCAACAGUCUGCCUUGAAUGGAAUCUUGAGGCCUGUGGAUGGGAAUGCCUUCCAGAACCAUUCCAUCAGGGGGGGCUACCUACCCAGAGGCCUGCCCUACUCAACCAUCCUGGUGUACUCUCUGCUGGGCCUGUGUCUGACUCUGCUGCUGUUGACCCUGUCUGUGGCUCUGCUGGUGCUGCUGAGGAGGCCCCCCCGACCAGGGGCCACACAGAACAGUCACACCCAGGGUCAUGAAGGUCAGAAGGGCCAAGAGCCUAAUCAGAACACCCAGUCCUCCAAAGACUGCCCGAUGGAUCCAUCCCUGCUCCAGAUAAACAGUGUGACACUGAGCCGUUCGUCCAGCCCCACAGAGACUUGUGUGUGUGUCCACUGCUUCCCUGACCUCGGAGUGCCUGGCAGGGGAGAGAAGCAGCAGAGACCCCCACUCGCCCUCUACCAGCAGGCUGUCCCCCAGGACCUCCACUCUCCGACCAGAGCCUCUCAGUGUGGAUCAUCACAGAGAAUAAUUUGCUCCCCCAGUCAGCCCAGCUUCUGAUUGCAGAACUGAACCAGACUGGACACUAAAUAAAUAAACAACUCAGGACAAAUCUGAUACUGCCCACUCCAGGGUGAAGUUUCCAGUAAAGUACAGAUCUAGGAUCAACUUCUCCUCCCCAAUCCUAACCUGAACAAUUAGUGUGGGGGGGGGGAGAAAAAACUGUCCCAAGAUCAGAUGUGUGAGCAGUCUGGAGAGCAGAAAUGAAUAGGUGGUGAAGGAUACAGGAGAAACCGGAUUGAGACAGAAGCGAGUGACAUAGAACAUUAUAUACAGUGGGGAGAACAAGUAUUUGAUAACCUGCCAAAUCGGCAGUGUUUCCUACUUACAAAGCAUGUAGAGGUCUGUAUUUGUUUUAUUAUAGGUAAAAAUGACAGACCUCUACAUGCUUUGUAAGUAGGAAAACCUGCAAAAUCUGUAGUGUAUCAAAUACUUGUUCUCCCCACUGUAUGCCUGUACAGAUGUUGGAUAUUCAUUUGAGCCAGUUUUCUACAGCAGGAAACUAAUCCUGCAGCAACAAGAAAUGUGAAUUAUGUGGAUUAUAAUUAAUGGACAUUUUUGUAGUGGUUGAUACAUUUUUCAAUAGGGCAAAUUACGUCCGACAUUUUAAAAUUGAGAUUUUAAAAACCUUUUAAAAGCCUUUUAAAAACCUUGAAUACACAAGUUUGCAUUUCCUGUUGUGCAAGAAAAUUCUCAGCAACAAAAAUGAUCAAAUUAGGACACCCUCUCCGUCUCUCGGGAGACAUUACAACUACCGCUCAGUCAGAAUUAGACGUUCAUCCAUGUUUCUCAAAUGUCAAAUUACAAAGUUCAUGUUUAAGGUUAGGCAUUAACUCAGAAUAUUUAAGGUAAGGGUUACGGUUUGGGGUAGACUUAAAACAGAAAUCUCAAAAGCAUAUUUUUAUUGCUAGAUUUGAACAUGCAACCUUUGGCACCAGAGGGGGAUGCGUACACAUUCACUGUUGCCCCUAGUGGCCGGUUUCCACGUCAUCAUCCGACGUGCUCAGACAUGGACGGACAUCAAAUACUGACUAUCACAGGUGACUGGACAUUCACAGGCAUGUGUCCUCCACGUGCCAUGAAAGACCUCCAGUAAAUCUUCAACAAGCUAAUAAAAC